AUGGAGCACAUGUCUCCCAGGCUGAAAACCUUCCUCUCUGAACCCAUUGGGGAGAAGGAUGUGGCCUGGGUGGAUGGAAUCAGCUAUGAACUUGCCAUCAAUUUGGUCACCAAAGGUUUCGACAAGGCCUAUAUCCUGCUGGGACAGUUCCUUCUCAUGCACAAGAACGAGGCAGAGUUCCAGAGGUGGCUCAUUUGUUGCUGUGGGGCCACAGAGCAUGAAGCCCGCCAGAGCUCCACCUGCCUGAAGAAGUGGUGUUCCUGCUUCCUGUAA